AUGACGACCUCCAAGAGCCGCAUCCCCUCGCUGGACCCCAAGUCGGCCGCCGGCCUGGCGGUCACCACAGCUGUGCAGGGCAAGCUGCGCCAUUACCUGGGCGCAGACUACGAGGACCGCUCCCUGGCGCAGUAUGUGGUGAUCAUGCUGGCGCACAAGACGGGGCAGGAGGCUGUGGCCGAGAACCUGGUGGAGUUCCUGGGGGAGGUGGACUCCAAGGAGGUGGCCUCCUGGUGGGUGCUGCUGGGCUGGCUGUUUGAGAACCUGAACGACCUCGUGAAGCCGCCCCCCGCGCCGCAGCAGGAGCAGCAGCAGCCGCGGGAGCGGCACCCGGAGCGGGCGCAGCGGCAGCGGGCGUCGGCCGCCGCGCCUGCCGCUGCCGAGGGCGAGGUGCAGGCGGCUGAGGCGGCGGAGGCCGAGGACGCGCUUGAGCUGGAGAUGGAGCAGGAUGAGGGGAGCGAGGGGGAGGUGGAUGGCAGCGAUGCGGACACUGCUGAGGUGGCGAUGGAGGAGGGGCACGGCGGCGGCGGCGCCAUGCGCCGCCUGCAGUCUGCCGUGGUUCGGGACGAGUACAGGGCGCGGGACGAGCGGAGCGGCAGGAGCGACCGCAGCCGCUCGCCGCGGCGCUACUCGCCGCCCCACCACCGCCGGGGCAGCCACUCGCCGCGCGGCGGCGGCAGGCGGCACUCGCCGGCGGCGCGCCGCCGCUCGCCGCCGCGCGCGGGCGAUUACUUCUGGGAUGGGGCCAGCAGGGCGAGGUACAGCGGCCAUGACCCGUAUCCGUACCGCACAGGCGGCGGCGCCUGGCGGGGCGACCGCUCGCCGCCGCGCCGCCGCCGCUCGACCUCGCCCGGCGGCGCGCGCGGGCACGGGCACGGCGACUGGCAGCAGGCGCGGUCGCCGCGGGGCGCGGCGCCGCCGCGCGGCGCAUACCGCCAGGAGGAGCCGCAGCAGGCGCAGGGCGGCGGCGGUGGGGACGGCGGCGGCGUGUUUGGGCGCCUGCAGCCGUGGGAGGCGGCGCCGGCGCACCGCGGCGGCGGCGGCGGCGGCGGCGGUGGCGGCUUCAGGGCCCACCACCACUUCCAGCACGAUCUCCGCUGGGAGGAUGGGGAGGGGGUGCAGGGCACGCAGCAGCAGCCCCGCCUGCGCUCCAGCGUGGAGGUGGCGUCAGCCUCCACGGCGGCGGGCGUGCUGGGCGGGGCGCCGCCGGGGCUGGCGCCCGGCGUGCCGCACCCCGGCUCCGCCGGGCAGCAGCAGUACGAUGCGGGGAUGGGGCAGGAGCUGCUGCCGGUGGGGCAGCAGGGGCAGCAGGGGGCGGCCCGGAGCGUGCUGCCCUGGGAGCGGCCUUCCUACAUGGAUCUGGAGGUGGAGAGGCAGCGGCAGGCGCAGGCACAGCAGCAGCAGGCGCAGCAGCAGCAGCAGCUGGCAGGCCAGGUGCUGGCGCUGCCCGCCGCUGCCGCCGCCGCCGGCGGCCCCGUGGCGGGCGCCUUUGCGCGCGCCCUGGCGCAGGCGGCGGCCGCCAGCAUGGGCCUGGACGGGCGCAGCGUGCUUGCGGUACCGCUGGCGGGGCAGCAGCGGGGCGGCGCCGGGGCUGGCGCCGGCACCGGUUCCCACGGCACCACCUUCCAGGUCACCAUCAGCCACCAGCAGGGGCCGGGCGCGGCGCCCCAGCGCCACCUGACGGCCCCGCUGCUGCGCCAGCCAGACCUGCAGGCGGUGCUGCGCCAGCGGGUGCGGCAGAUGGAGGUGGAGCUGGUCGCACUGCGCACGCAGCAGGCGGAGCGGCAGCUGGAGCAGGCGCAGACGCAGCAGCACCUGAGCGCCGCCGCGCGGCUGGCCCUCACCAUUCGCUCGGUGUGCAUCAAGGGCGUGCACCCUGCGGCCUCGGACCGGGUGCUGAUCGCCCACUUUGGCGCCUGCGGCUACAUCCAGCGCAUCACGCACCUCAGGGACCCCGCCAGCGGGCGCCGCUCCGGCGUGGCCUACAUGCAGUUCUCAACGGCGGCAGAGGCGCAGGCGGCGCUGGCGCUGGACGGCUCCGCGCUGCUGCAGCGCACCGUGCGGGUGGUUCCCAGCGACUCGCCGGCGGCGAGGGUGGCCGCCUCCCGCGUGCUGCGCGCCGCCCAGCCGCCGCCGGGCCUGCUACCCAUCCCCAUGUUUGCGGCCCCCAUCUCUCCCCGCAUGGGCCGCGGCCGCAGCCACCACCGCGGCGGCGGCAACAGCGGCCGCGGCGGGCGUGGCGGCGGCAGGGGCCACGGCUCCUUCAGGUAUGUCCGCCCCGCCGACCAGGCGGCCCCCGGGCCUGGCGCCGCCGGCGACGGCAGCACGGGCGGAGCUGGCCCCAAGGCCGGCGAUGCCGCUGCUGCAGCAACGCCGGCCGCACUGGCCGCCGCUGCUGGCACUGCCGGCCACGGCGGCGCCGGCGGCGACACCCACAUGGCAGACUGA